CUUCUCCUCUCUCUCCUUUUCAAAAUCUAUUUGAAACCCUCUCUCCAAGCCCAUGUCUCCUCUCUUUUUUUUCCUCUCUUCUUUUCUCUCUCCAAAGAAUCCCACCGACCGACCGUCUUUCCCUCUCUCCAAAAAAUCCAGCCGACCAUCCUCUCCUCCCAACCUGCCAUCCUCCUCUCUCCUCUCUUUCUCUGUGAGAUAGCUGCGGUUCUCCUCUCCUUCCAAGCUGAUGAGGUGCUCGAGUCACAAAAACCGCCAUCGACCACCGUCAUCAUCUCCUCCGAUAUUUCUUCGUUCAACCGCCAUCUUCCUCUCCUCCCAAACCCCUAAGCUGUCCUCCUCUCCUCCCAAACUUCUCCCAAACCCCUAACCCCUCUGUCCUCCUCUUCCCCCAAACCCUCACCCACCGACCCUCUUCAUCUUCUCCCAAACCCACCCAUCGGCCCUCUUCUCCUCCCAAAUCCCCCAUCCAUUUGAUAUCAUCCUCUCCUCCCAAAUCCUCCAUCCACUUGUCAUUCUCCCCCCUUCUCUCCUAAAUCCACCACUGGUGGCUCUUCCCUGGACCCAAUAACCACCACCCCCUUCCUCGGGCCGUUGGCCUUCUUGGAACUUCCCCAAGCCCCACCCCACCCCGUCGCAUCUUUCUAUAACUUCUGCCAUUAGUCCAUCGCCACCACACCUUUUGCUUAUGAUUUCUGCCACCACCCCACGGCCAUCAAGCCUUUUUCUUGAGACUUCUGCAGCCAUCCGACCACCAUCACCUACUGCUGUCGGCCCAUUAUGGAUUUUUUUAGGAGUUUCUCAAUCACAGCAGCCUCCGACUUCAUCUGAAGGCUAUACAAGUCAUGGAUAUUUUUUUGGUCUUUCCUGCAGUAGCGUAUAUUGAUUGAUCUUUCAAUACAUUUGGAGUCUACCUUUAUGUUGCGAUCCUUCUUUAUGAGCAUAUUGCUAGGCACAUGGAAGGCUCUCGAUAAAGCUAUACGAGACUUUAUGUCUCAUUCAUUGACUGAAGUCAAACAGAUAUUCAUGCCUAUAUGCUUAUCUUCGCAUUGGCACCUGCUUAUCAUGGAUUUAGAGGACACAUAUUUCAGACACUACAUAUCUGUGAGUGGUGUAGAGUAUAGAGCCGUCACUAGAAGAUUCGUGACCUGGUUCACUGAAAUGGCACGAGAUGUCUACUCAAUUGAUAUGGAUAGCUGGCCACUCUUUUUUGUUGAUUGCCCACAGCAGGAAUAUGAUGACGGGGCCCGGAUGACAAUUACGGAUGUUCGUGUGUUAGAGUUACGUGCCAGAUAUGCUACGUAGAUGAUCAUGAAGGGUCAUGAGAUUGGAUCAUCAUAGUUAUUUUGUGCUAUCUUUGUGACCAUAUCUAUGUUGGCUCGACUCUGUGUCUAUUUAUGUGAUAUUUCAAAACAUAUAGAUGUAUUGUAAAUAAACAUUGUAUAAAAUUUUUUGUUAAUAAUUUAAUUGCUGCAAUGAAACUAUUAUUUCUAUAUAUGAAAAUAUUUUGUAACAGAUGAAUUAAGUUUGUUCUCUAUGAUUGUUGCAAUGGAUUU